AUGCACAACCUCCUCACUCUCACAACUGCCGCGGCUGGCCUCGUCGCAACAGCCUCGGCAACCAAAGUGCCCAGCGUCAACGUGCCCGCUUGUCCGCGCGUGGGCAGCAUCAGCUACAGCAAGUCGGUGCCUGAUCUGACUCCCUUCCCGCGCACGCAAGUCGAUCUCUGCUACACAGACACCAGCCUGGAGCUCGCAUUCACUGCGUUCGACGAGGUCAACUACUACUUCAACGCGUCGCAGGGCAUCAACGACGACAUCUGGGAGUACGAAGUCAUGGAGGCCUUUCUCUACAAGGGCACCGACGAUCCAAAGACUUACGUAGAGCUGGAGGUCAACCCCAACAAUGUGACCUACCAGGCCUUUGUCUAUAACCCGUCAAAGAACCGCACUGCCGGCGCGCCCUUUGACCACUUCUUUGUGUCGGAUCCUGCGACUGAUGGCUUCAGCGCAACGACGGUGCUCAACAAGCCGGCCAAGACGUGGAAGAGCACCGUCACCGUUCCUCUGGGCAUCUUCAACGUAGAUGACUGCAAGGCCAAGGGCACGCAGUGGAGGAUGAACUUUUUCCGCACAAUAACUUCGCCCGAGACAUACCCCAAUCAGACGUUGGGAGCAUGGAGCCCGCCAAAUGAGGCGAGCUUUCACAUCACACCAUACUUUGGCCAUGUGAACUUUGUAUAA